CAUGAACCGUCAGCAGCAUUCGCAGCCGCAGCCUUGUUAGCCUCAGUAACCGAACUCGCAAAACGUGUGCGUAUGUCAAAAAUGGCUGCUUAGACACACCAUCUUGUUUUUAGACCCGUAUUCGCGGCGGUUUUUGGAUGUCGGCGCAUUGUAUAAUCCUACAGACCGCAAACAAAAUGGUCGCCUUUGAAAGAUACUCGUGUGGCAGCAACAAUAACAAAACCAACGCAUGAAAGCUUUGACCCUUUAGACAAUUACCGUACCUUUCCUACCAGGUGGCAGCAGCUUUGUUGUCACGUUUUCAGUUAUUCAAGCAUGGAUAUUUUGCUGUUGUCAAAAUAAAAAGAGCGCCACCAGAAGAAGAAGCAAUAAUCCCUAAUAAGCAACAUACCGACAAGACAAGUACACAACAUAAAUAUAUAUCUGUUUAAUAAACGACAACAAAACAACAAACAAUGAAAUGCAUAAUUAUGAUGGAUUACCUGUUUUAUUGCAAUUUGUGUGCAAAUCGGAAACAACAGUCAUAAUAACAAAAGGAACAUCUGCAAUUUUGUGGAACUUUAAAUGCAAGUUACAAUUGCAUUAACAUAAAAGAUAAAUACAUAUAUUUUUCGGAAAGGUUUUGGAAAAAAACUCAAGCUAUGCAUUCUCUAUGCAUCGAACUAUAGAAUCGGUAAUUGAACUUUACAAAAAAUAAGGCAUCAAUCAAACUGGCGUCGUUAAAGGGAAAUAACGACCAUACUUGCAAUUACAAUAAUUAUAUAAUGUGGAGUAGUACAAUAUCACCAACAAAUUCUAAGAAGCUAUUGAUCGGUAGUAUACGAAGCGUUGAUUAUGUCGGUGAUAGUGCGAAAACAGCAGCAGCCAAUAAUAAGACAGCAGCAACAGGAGCAGCUACAAAGGGAUCAGCGACAAAAUCACAACAAAAACCAACAACAACAACCACCAUUCCAGCGAAUACAACAAAAAUCUCAAUUGAAAUGGAGAUACAUAUACAAAAUAAGUGCAUUUCGGCAUAGCGUAUCACUCUGGAGGGUGGUGCAGAGCCGCCAUGGCUGCAGGGCCCCCUUAAAGCAGCAUUUUUGGGGGCUACUGGCGUCGGCAAAACAAGCAUAUUACAGCAAUUUUUUUACCAUGACUUCCCAAAGACUCAUCAGACGACAACUCAUCGCAAAAUUUAUAAAAACUGUUUGGUGUGCGAUACCUGCAUACGGGAGCUGAUGGUACUGGAUGUUCCUCCCCAGAAGAGAUUUCCGGCUGAUAACUUUGCUGAAUGGAAUAAUGGACAUCCGCUGGGGCUGCGAACGGUGCAGGCCUAUGUUCUAGUUUAUGAUAUGGGCAACUUGGAAACGUUUCAGUAUUGCCGCUCCAUAAGAGAUCAAAUUUUGGAUAGUUUCAGUCAUCGUGAUUUUACCAUAAUUGUGGUGGGCAAUAAAUAUGACAAUGUUUCUGAGGCGCAGGUUAACUCGCAGGAGCUCAAGGACAUUUCUACGCUGGUGCGUAAGCAUUGGCGUUGUGGAUAUGUAGAGUGUUCGGCACAAUACAACUACAAAAUCGGCGAUGUUUUUCGCGAGCUAAUGGGCUGCAGAAGUGGCGUCAGCGGCACAACUGUCGGCGUUCUUGUUGGCACUGAGUACUCACAAUCAACUAGAAAUAAAGGACGCUGUACAAUACUCUAGCAAAUGCUGAAUAAGUUAUUAAAACAAGCAUUUUAUUCUAGCGAAUAAUACCCAAGCGAGUGUUCCAGUUGAGCUGGGACGUGCCGAUGAUUCCGCAUUCUCUUUAGCAUAGUAACUGAGAGCUAACUACGUCAACAAUAAUGUCCCUUUCAAACGCUUACUGAUGCAUCUUUUAGCACACGCUUAUAUAUGUAUGUAAUUAUAUAUACAAUAUAAUUUGUUGCCGACACACUUUGCAGGUUAGCUCAUGCCCUCAAUCUUUGCCUUACCUUAUCCUUGUUGGCCAUUGUCUCCUUACUUUUGUUUGCCAUAAUUUUAACAUUAUGCUCGCUGCUUUAUUAAAUCCAACAUUCAUUCCAUCCUUGCUUAUUGCGAGUCCGAGCUGCAUCGCUAGCAACGUUUGAUACAUUCACAAUUGCAAUGCUAAGUCUUAAAGUUGUAUGUCGGAAACUAUAGGAACAUUUACAAGAACAAAAAUUCAAAACGUUACAAUUGUUAAAAAGCUGCUAAUGGAAAGCUUGAAAUAUAUUAUAUUAUUUUUUGUACGUAAUAGGCAAUUAAUCCCACCAUAAUUUACAAUACAUUUUACGAAUAAAUAUUGUUAACACAACGGGAGCGAUAAAAUAAAAAUCCAUCAGUAUAAAUUGUAUACUUUAUAUAGGCAAAAUAGUGUAUAUAUACAUAUAUAUAAAACUUCAUUAACGUUGUGAUCAUUUCAAGAAUUAGUUAUUAGGCACAAGAUGAUAAAUAUGUCAGUUAAAGUCAAGUAAAAAGAAUCCCUUUAAAGGUUACCAAAUAAAUAAAUGAUACACCCUUUUAAAUUUGGAAAAAUACGUAUUUAAAUAUUAAUAAGAA